ACCAUACUUGAGAAUCGAUAAAUCUCUCUCUAUUUUUCAUUCUCUCUCAAAUUUGCUUCUUUUGAUCAUGGGCUAGGGUUAGGGUUACGAGAGAAACAAAUCAAAUUCUCAGAUUUAUAUCUUCUUCAAUCCUCGUCUCUCUUUAAUUUCUAAUUCUAGUUUCUUCCAAUGGAUCCGUCUCAGGUCUCACUCGCACAAAUCACAAAAGAAUCAAAGAAGGUAACAAACCGAAGCUUGGGUCUCUUUUCGAUUUCUAUCAAUUUCAUCUUCUUCCUCGUUAAUUUGAUUUUAUAUAACUAACGAAGGUUUACCAUAAUUAUCUGCGAGUGAGAGAUUAUUUCGACACUGUUCUCAAAAUUAUAUAGAAGUUUCCGGAGGUUUUGAGUGGGUUCGUAUGAUCAUAUCACUUUGGUGUGAAAUUAAUGGUUACCGAUGAGGCAGAAUUGUGAAAUAUAAUUUGUGUUGUUUUCUUUGAUUGUGGAAUAUAAUUUUUGAAGGGUUUAAUCAUCUUUCACGGUGAAGGAAAAGGUCUUUCUCAUGGAAGACAAGAUUAUGUUAUGAGUUUCGUUUCGUUUCUCUCUGCAUCCCUUUUGAUCCAAGUUUCGUUUUGAUCUUUCUCAGAUAUUUGUCUUUGUGCUAAUAUUUAUGGUGAUGAACCUCUGCUUUUUUGUUGUUGUUGGAUUUAGUAUCCAUGGUUUGAGAAUCAAUGCAACAUUGAUAUAUUCAUGUGCGCAUACAUGUAUUCGUACAUUCAUGCGUAUUUGAUUUUCUUGACUUAUUGCUUAGGUCAUUGCUUGCUUCUUUAGUUACAUUUGUUAGCUUGUUCUUGUUUGUUUCUAUGGCUUGUUUCAUUUCUUGACUUCCUUGCUUGUUUCUUUUACUAAUUCCUUACAUGUUUUAACUUGUUUACUUUAUUCCAUGUGUUGUUUCUUUGAUUAUAUGAUCGUUGCCUACUCAAUUCUUAACUUGUUUGCUUCUUGGUUCUUUGAUUUACUUCAUUGCACAUCCUUCUUUGUUUCUUGCUCUAUUUGCUUACUUACUUAGCUGAUUCAGUCAUUAUUGCUUAGCACACUUAUUCUCUUCGUUGCUUAUUUGUUUUAUUUUUAUAUUUUCGUCAUUGUUUUCUUACAUGAACUUAUCUACCUGUUUUAUUGUUUGCUUAACUUUAAUUUGUUUCCUCGCUUACUUAUUUUUGGCUUGCUUUACUUCUUUCAUUGCUUGCUUCUACAGUUAUUUAUACAUAUAAUGUUUACUUUUUAGUGUAAUUUUUAACGUUCUCUGGAUCUCGUGCAUUAAGUUGAAUUUCUCUGUUGUUGGCUUGGCUACUUUUUUUUUUUCUGUCUCAGCGUCUCUUUUUCUUUGUUUGGUAUCCGGUAUUGAGUGUUUUGCUUACUUAGAAGAAGUAUUGAGGGUUUGGUUCACCUGGAAGAAUCAAUGUUUUGGUGUUUGAAUUCAUAGUGCAGGCUUUGCGUAGUUAGAAUUUGAUUUUUCUUCUUCCAUUAGGUUAUGAGAGGACACUCAAGCUUUUAAAGGUAAGAAAUAGAGUCAGCAACUGGCAAUCCUAGUCUAUUUUGGUGUAAAUAUAGUGGUACACAAAUGGAGUACACAACUUGUGCUUUUCCUAAACUCAGUUUGCUUCUUCCUUAUCCUUUUCGUAGUCAAAAUUUCUUAAACAGGCCGCAGCAGAGGUUAGAACUGAAUGCGUGGGCGACUUUUUCCUAAGGUUAUGAGAAUUGAUCAUCGUAAAGGUAUGUCCUUACUUUUGAAUAUUCACACCUCUAAUUCCCUUUUUCUUUUGAAUAUAGAAUGCAGGUUUUGAAUUGUUAGAAGGUAAAAGGGAUUAGUGUUGUUGAUCUUGAUAUCAUAUCACUGAUAUGUCAUGAGAAUUUGAUGCCUCCUGGAGAAUGUUUGGUGAGACUCUGGUGGUUCCUUUGCCUAGAUCAUAAUACCAUCAGCAAUGAUUGAUGUUGGAAUAGUAGUUUUGCAAGAGUUUAUAGCUACCAUUUACGGCUACAACAAUGACUUCUUUCAUGGGGUUUUGGUUAAAAUAUGCAGGGUUUUGUUCUUCGGUUGGUUAACAAGUUUACCAUAAACAGGAACUUUGCUAUAAACACUUAAAAAGGACAAUGUUAUAUUCAAGAGAUGUGAUGUUUGCUACAAUUCUCUCAAUUGGUUUCGAAUGGUUUGAGGAGACUAAAAGGUGUAGAAUACUAGGAUGGUCAGUGAAACUCUCGUGGUUCUUCUGAUUGUAAAAGGUACUGAGCGUUCUUUGUUAUUUCUUUGGUUUACAAGAGGGAACUUUACUAUAAACAGGUUUUGUUUUUCGGUUGCUUUACAACUUUACAAGAGGGAACUUUACGAUAAGAAAGUUCAAGAAUUGAUUGAAGAACUUGCAUCUCCUAAUAAUACGAGCAGAAUGAUGGCCAUGAACUAUGCUAAGCCUCUGUAUACCACUUCUACAAAGAGAAGCCAAGAACCGGAGCAAGAAAACCAAUUUGUCUAUCGCAAUGGAGCUCUAAGAUGGUCAUGCGUCAUCUUCUGGUUUCCUAAGUUGAGUCCGUCUCCCAACCAUUCAAGUUCAAAGUCAAGAUCUGGAAAAGGUCUCUAAGAGAAGAUUAUCUACGAGACGAGUGAAAUUGACAUGAUUUAGGAAGAGAAACAUGAAUGCAUCAGAGUAUUGUAAAUAAAAGGCUCUUGUUCCUAAGCAGGUAAGAUCAUUGAGAUUUUUCCGUCUUGAAUUCAAUUAAUAAAUAUGUUUUUUUCAACAGGGAAGAGCCAAUACCAAUCUGCCAAAGGAAAAAGGAGAUACAGCAAUACACAUAUAUGCAGAUGUGUGCAUACAUACAUGCAUUCAUGUAUACAUUCUUGAAUCUCUCUCCAUUCAUGUGUGCAAACAUACUUGCAUUCAUGUGUACAACCCAUACAUGCAUACAUUCAUACAUUAUACAUUUAUGUGUGCAUAUUUUCAUACAUUCAUGCGUAUUUGCUUUCUUGAUUUAUUGCUUCGGCCAUUGCUUGCUUUUUUAGUUACUAUGUUAACUUGUUUUUGUUUUGUCUUGUACUCUUUUGCUUGUUUCAUUUCUUAACUUGCUUGUUUCUUCUACUGAUUGCUUACAUGCUUUGUGUUACUUGAAUCCAUUUUUUUCUUAUAUGAUCGCUGCUGCUUAACUUGUUUGCUUCAUGGUUCUUUGAUUUACUGCCUUCUUAGUUUCAUUGCUUGCUUCUUUAGUUACAUUGUUAGCUUGUUCUAAUGUUCUUGUUUGUUUCUUUGGCUUAGUUCAUUUCUUAGCUUUCUUGCUUUUUUCUUUACCGAUUGCUUACAUGUUUUUAAUAAUGUCAAAAACUAUUGCAUGUUUGUUUCUUUGAUUAUAUGAUCGUUGCCUACUCAAUUGGUUAACUUGCUUCCUUAUUGGUUCUUUGAGUUUACUUCAUUGAAGAGCCUUAUUUGUUUCUUACUUUGUUUUAUUCUCUGACACUCUGCUUACUUACUUAACUGAUGUAGUUUUUAUUACUCAACACACAUAUUUCAUUCUUUGCUUUUGUUGCCUUCUUUGAUUCUUUGAUUUUUUCUUUACUUCCGUCAUUGUUUUUAUUUUUCUACAUAAAUUAAACUUCUCAGCUUGUUUUAUUGUUUGCUUACAGUUUUAAUUUGUUAUACAUGAUUUUUGCAUAGUGCAUAUUUUUCAUGGAAACAAAUCAAAUAUUAGUUUUUGUUUACCA